CCGGCUUAAAGUAAAAUUAUAAUACAUGAUUUUAGUUGAGCGACAAACUGGGUUUUUAAGCCGGUUUAAUGUAAAUUUGCGGCGGCUAUCCAAUUCUAGAUGUUUUAGCCACCGGACAUCGGAGAUUUAUUGUCACAUGCGUAUGUAUUAAUGGACCACGCACAUUUUGUCUGAUACCUUUCUUAUUAAACCUUAUACAACUUCUGACCUAUUAAAAAAAAAAAAUAAUACAAUGAAAAUCUUUGACUUUAGUCAACGUGAAGCCCAUAUCACGUAUCUAUAUAUAGCUCCUCUUGCGACUCAAUAUUCUUCAUCGAAAACGCAAAACAACUUCACAAUAACACACAACAACAACAACAAAACAUCAAAUGUCGAUCUUUCUCUGUUUCCUCCUGCUCUUACCUCUCUUUCUUGUUUUCUACAAGAGGCUUUCACCGUCAAAAGGGAAGCUUCCUCCGGGACCUAUAGGUCUUCCGAUCAUCGGAAACUUGCACCAACUUGGAAAAUCUCUUCACAGAUCUUUUCAUAAACUCUCCCAAGUGUAUGGACCCGUGAUGUUUCUUCGUUUCGGUGUGGUCCCUGUGGUAGUGUUCUCUACAAAAGAAGCUGCCGAAGAAGUUUUAAAGACUCAUGAUCUCGAGACUUGUACCCGACCAAAGCUAUCUGCGACCGGGUUGUUUUCUUACAACUACAAAGAUAUUGGCUUUGCACAGUACGGUGAAGACUGGAGAGAGAUGAGAAAGCUUGCGAUGCUCGAGCUCUUUAGCUCAAAAAAGUUAAAGGCUUUCAGGUAUAUUAGAGAAGAAGAGAGUGAAUUGCUAGUCAAGAAAGUCUCGGACUCUGCUCAAACACAAACUUUGGUGGAUUUGAGAAAGGCUCUUUUCUCUUAUACCGCUAGUAUCGUAUGUAGACUCGCUUUUGGACAGAACUUCCAUGAGUGCGAUUUUGUCGAUAUGGAUAAAGUUGAAGAGCUUGUGCUUGAGUCUGAGACCAAUCUUGGCUCAUUCGCAUUCAUUGACUUCUUCCCUGCCGGUCUUGGGUGGGCUAUUGAUCGGAUAUCCGGUCAACAUUCGAGGUUGCACAAAGCCUUUGCUAGACUAAGUAAUUUCUUUCAACAUGUGAUCGAUGAUCAUUUGAAGCCUGGGCAAUCUCAAGAUCAUUCAGACAUCAUUGGUGUCAUGUUGGAUAUGAUCAAUAAAGAGAGCAAAGUCGGCUCCUUUAAAGUCACCUAUGAUCAUCUAAAAGGAGUCAUGUCGGAUGUAUUUUUGGCCGGAGUGAACGCAGGAGCGAUCACAAUGAUAUGGGCGAUGACCGAGUUAACAAGACAUCCGAGAGUGAUGAAGAAACUUCAACAAGAGAUUCGAGAAAUACUCGGAGACAACAAAGAAAAAAUCACGGAGCAAGAUCUCGAAAAAGUUCACUACCUGAAGCUUGUGAUCCAAGAAACAUUCCGACUACACCCACCCGCUCCUCUCUUGCUCCCAAGAGAGACAAUGUCUGAUGUCAAGAUUCUAGGUUACGACAUUCCCAAAAACACAAUGAUCGAGAUCAACACUUACGCAAUAGGACGUGAUCCCAAUUGCUGGACAAACCCUAACGAGUUUAUCCCUGAGAGGUUUGUUGAUAGCCCUAUCGACUACAAGGGUCAGCAUUUUGAAUUGUUGCCAUUCGGUGGAGGCCGUAGGAUCUGUCCCGGGAUGGCCACAGGGAUGACCAUCGUGGAACUUGGCCUCCUUAACGUUCUUUAUUUCUUCGAUUGGAGUUUACCCGAUGGAAUGAAUAUUGCAGACAUUAACAUGGAAGAAGCUGGAGCUUUCGUCAUUGCCAAGAAAGUCCCACUUGAGCUCGUGCCAGCUCUUCAUUACUGAUCGCUGAUGCCUUGAGAACACUAUACGGUCGUCAUAUGUGUUUAUGUAGCUAUUUUGUAGUUCUACGAUUCGUUUAUCUGUUACUUCUUUUGUAUAUGUUCCCAUUAUUGUGUCAUUUGUUUGUUUAUUAAAAUUUGUAAGUCUUGUUUAGAUUUAUCUUUAUUAUUUUAUCAAAUAAAUAUAACUCCUUUAUAUAUGGUUUAAUUUUAUCCGACUUGUCGAACUGGAUUUUUUUUUUUUUCAAUAAUCCAGGUAUCCGGGCCGAAGCCCGACUAGCACCAAGGCUUGAGGCCGGUUCUCUUUCGAGCCGUCCGAA